AUGUGCAGGAUCCUUGUGGGCGCACCGAAGGCCGAGUCCAAGUACAGCGCGUCAGUGAAGUCCCCGGGGGCUGUGUUUAAGUGCCGCAUCCAUACCAACCCCGACCGGAGAUGCACUGAACUGGAUAUGGCUCGAGGGAACCAUCGAGGAACAUCCUGCGGAAAGACCUGCCGGGAAGACCGGGAUGAUGAGUGGAUGGGGGUGAGCCUGGCCCGGCAGCCCAAGGCCGAUGGCCGAGUUCUGGCCUGUGCCCACCGCUGGAAGAACAUCUUCUACGAAACAGACCACAUCCUGCCCCACGGCUUCUGUUACAUCAUCCCGUCCAACCUCCAGGCCAAAGGCAGGACGCUGAUCCCUUGCUAUGAAGAGUAUAAGAAGAAGUACGGAGAAGAACACGGCUCCUGCCAGGCGGGGAUAGCAGGCUUCUUCACCGAGGAGCUGGUGGUGAUGGGCGCCCCGGGGUCGUUUUAUUGGGCUGGGACGGUCAAGGUGCUGAACCUGACGGACAACACCUACUUCAAGCUGAACGACGAAGCGAUCAUGAACAGGCGGUACACGUACCUGGGCUAUGCGGUUACUGCCGGCCACUUCUCUCAUCCGUCCACCACCGAUGUGGUAGGAGGCGCCCCCCAGGAUGAAGGCAUUGGGAAGGUCUAUUUAUAUUUUCGAGCUGACCGAAGAUCAGGCACCUUAAUUAGAUUUUUCAGGCAUCAGGGAAGUCGGAUGGGCUCUUACUUCGGCUCCUCCUUAUGCGCAGUUGACCUGAACGCGGACGGCCUCUCCGACCUGCUGGUGGGGGCCCCCAUGUUUUCUGAGAUCAGGGACGAGGGGCAGGUCACCGUCUACAUCAACAGAGGAAAUGGAGCCCUGGAGGAGCAGCUGGCCCUGAGCGGGGAUGGCGCCUACAACGCACACUUUGGGGAGAGCAUCGCCAGCUUGGGGGACCUUGACGACGACAGAUUCCCAGACGUGGCCGUCGGCGCGCCCAUGGAGGACGACUUCUCGGGCGCCGUCUACAUCUACCACGGGGACGCCGACGGGAUAGUCCCGCAGUACUCGAUGAAACUGUCCGGGCGGAAGAUCAGCCCAGUCCUGCGGAUGUUCGGGCAGUCCAUGUCAGGAGGCAUCGACAUGGAUGGGAACGGCUAUCCCGAUGUAACUAUUGGAGCCUUCAUGUCCGACAGCGUGGUUCUUCUAAGGGCGAGACCGGUCAUCACGGUGGACGUGUCCAUCUUCCUCCCCGUCUCCAUCAACAUCACGGCGCCCCAGUGUCGCGACGGACAGCAGCCCGUGAACUGCCUGAAUGUCACCGCCUGCUUUCGCUUCCGCGGCAGGCACGUGCCCGGAGAAAUCGGCCUGAAUUACGUUCUGACGGCGGAUGUGGCGAAAAAGGAAAAGAGCCAGCUGCCCCGGGUCUACUUUGUGCUGCUGGGAGAGACCGUGGGCCAGGUCUCGGAGAAGCUGCAUCUGGUGCACAUGCAGGAGACGUGUCAUCACUACCUGGCGCACGUGAAGCGGAGGGUGCAGGACGUCAUCAGCCCCAUUGUGUUCGAAGCCGCCUACAGCCUGGGGCCACAUGUGAGCGGAGAGGAGGAGCGGGAGCUGCCGGCUCUGACACCCGUGCUGCGCUGGAAGAAGGGACAAAAGAUCGCCCAGAAGAACCAGGUCAGAACCUUACAGCCCACAACCGGGACCCCAGGGGGCAGCAUUGAUGAGAAAACGCCCUAUCUGGCUUUGGGGGCUGUGAAGAAUAUCUCCAUAAACAUCUCCAUCUCCAACCUCGGCGACGAUGCCUAUGAUGCCAACGUGUCCUUCAAUGUUUCCCGGGAGCUCUUCUUCAUCAACAUGUGGCAGAAGGAGGAAAUGGGCAUUUCCUGUGAACUGCUGGAAUCGGACUUCCUCAAAUGCAGCGUGGGAUUCCCUUUCAUGAGGUCCAAGUCGAAGUAUGAAUUCAGCGUCAUCUUUGAUACGAGCCAUCUGUCUGGAGAAGAAGAAGUUCUCAGCUUCAUCAUUACUGCUCAGAGCGGCAACACGGAGCGCUCCGAGUCCCUGCACGACAACACCCUCACGCUGAUGGUGCCGCUGAUGCACGAAGUGGACACGUCCAUCACGGGAAUCGUGUCUCCAACCUCCUUUGUGUACGGCGAGUCUGUGGCCGCGGCCAACUUCAUUCAGCUGGAGGACCUGCCGUGUCACUUCCAGCCCCUCAACGUCACCCUUCAGGUCUAUAACACCGGGCCAAGCACCCUUCCCGGGGCAUCCGUCAGCAUCUCUCUCCCUAAUCGACUGUCACCUGGAGGCGCAGAGAUGUUUCACGUCCAGGAGGUGGUGGUGGGCCAGGAGAAGGGAAACUGUUCCUUCCAGAAGAACCCGACCCCCUGCAUCAUCCCCCAGGAACAAGAAAAUAUCUUCCACACUAUCUUUGCUUUCUUCACAAAGUCUGGGAGAAAAGUCUUGGACUGUGAAAAACCAGGAAUCACUUGCCUGACAAUGCACUGUAACCUGAGUGCCCUUGCUAGAGAGGAAAGUCGUGCUAUCGACAUCUACAUGCUGCUGAACACAGAGAUAUUGAAGAAGGACAGUUCGUCUGUCAUCCAGUUCAUGACCCGGGCCAAGGUGAAAGUGGACCCUGCCCUGAGGGUGGUGGAGAUCGCCACCGGGAACCCAGAGGAGAUGGUGGUGGUGUUCGAGGCCUUGCACAACCUGGAGCCCCGUGGCUACGUCGUGGGGUGGAUCAUCGCCAUCAGUUUGCUGGUGGGGAUCCUCAUCUUCCUGCUGCUGGCCGUGCUGCUCUGGAAGAUGGGCUUCUUUCGCCGAAGGUACAAAGAAAUUAUUGAAGCCGAGAAGAACCGGAAAGAGAACGAAGACAAUUGGGACUGGGUCCAGAAAAACCAGUGACCUGCCCCACCAGUCACAUGACCCACUCAUGUCACCUGUCGUCCUUGACCUUUGUAUCUUCCAUAUUUGGAAGAAAGAAUGUUCUCCAGAUUUUUCGGAGGCCCCACUGAUGCUGUUCUCGUCUUCAUUCUAUCCAGCCCAGGUGCCCACCUGAGGCCGCCACUUCGGCCAGGUCACGUGACUGGAGCCCACCACUUCCUUUUUAAAGAUGAACUCUGAACUUUGGAAAGCAAGCUACAGAGCCGAGCAAUAUUUAUGGAUGCAACGUGCAUGGUCAACCCUCAGGGGAAAACUGUUACCUAAAAGUAUUUUUAUAAAUAUAAGCCUUUUAUACUGAUUAUGUCUUUAUAUUUGUAUCGAUGUUUUAUUAUUUCUAUUAAAUAGUUAUAUAAUUCACUCAAGCACUGAUAUCUGGCCUGGAAACACAUGUACAUUCGUACAGAUUUUAAAGGAUAAAAAUCUUACUGUUCUUUGCAACUUGCUGUUACAACAGACUUGCCGAUCAAAUCAUGGGAAGAAACCUCGUGUCCUGAAUCCACCAAGCUUGCGGCUCUGCGUAUAAACUGUGAUUGUGGCCGGACCCCCAAGGCAACUUUCACGACUGUCUUGCCUGGAGUCAAGUUUGACGUUAAUGGGCUAAAGAACUAUAAGUAUUUUCUCAUGUGUACCUUUCAUUGGAAGAUUCCCAACAGGAAUUUGGAUGGAAAACCUGAUUCCCAGCAGCAAGCCUGCUCUGCAUCCCCAGCAGGCAUCUCGCCCUCCUUCCACUGGAUUAAUAGGCGAAUUGGAGCAACGCCAGCCGGUCAUCUGGUAAACCUCAGAAUGGCAUCACGUCCUGGACGUUGUCCAUCAGAGUCUGCGCACCUCAAGGACUGAUGAGUGCCCACCCCACAGAGACUUGUGUCAGAUGCUGUGCUGUGUUGCCUUUGCGGGGUCCUUUGAGUUCAGAGGUCUCCAGUUCUCUAUCACUUUUGCUAAUGGUAAUUGCAGAUUCCUUCCCAGAGAUGACCGUUCAACCUGUUCUUAUUGUUUAAAAUAGUGUCUUUGGUGGGGUUCCCAAGAAGCAGGCCCCAAGACGAGGCUCUGCAUGCAAGUAACUAAUUAAGGAAGUGCUCCCAGGGGAACACCGGUAUGGGGGUGAGGGAAGCAGGGAGAGGGAGGAAGCCAGGGGAAGGUUCCAUGGAGGGUAGCGUCAGCCAGAUCCUGCAGGGGAGCUCUGGAGGGUAGGUUGCAUCUCAGGGUUGUCCCAACCUGAGGCAAGAUGGCUGAGCCUUCACACUCUUGCACCUAAGGAAGAGGUAAACCUUCCACUCCCAGUUCCUACUGCAAAAUGGCUCCAUAGCUCAGGGGUAGUCCACUAAAUUAGAGCUGCAGGUGCACCCAACCACCACCUGGGGAGGCAUACAGAAACGGUGCAGCGGGAUCUGGGCAGAGCCCCAGCCUCCUCCCCUCCUCCCUGCAGGGUUGGAUGCUGAGUGAUGGCCUUCAAUAUCCAAGCUUUCUGUUUGACAGCGUUUACUAUUGGACGGGCUGGGCUGCCCAGUAUUGAGUGCAUUGUGGUUUUCUAAAAAGGGCACUGAGCCGGUGGCUGUAUCGUGCUCAGCACUGUACCUGGCGCCUUAGUGAACACUCAGUAACUGUUAGCGGCGAUGGCUGCUGCUACCACUGCUGAACCACCAUCUGAUGAGAGAGAAAACAUGUGCUCAGAGCAGGGUCUGGCCGAGAGUCCUUCAUGGCUCCUGCUCAAGCCCCAGUCCAUACAGAUGGGCAUCCAGUGGGAAUGAGACAAAAACAAGAUGAAGGACCUUUCGUAUAGGACCUUGUCUACUGGCAGCUCACAUGGUGGGGGGCUGUGGACACCAUCGGAAAGACACAACUCAACUUCAGGGGAGAUAGGUUUUCUAGACAGUUGGCUAAUACUUGCAAACAUCGAGAAAGCUCUGGGUGCUGGGCAGCUGCGAACCUGGCCUGGGACAUGUGUGUGUCUUUUCGUUUCUUCUUACGCGUCGACCCUGAUGCAGGAAGACAAUGACUGUAUCGUGGUGGCUAGGGGAACAGGCAGCAAAAGCCAGAGGGUCAAGAGUAUGUAUGAAGGAGGCUGAUCCAGAAUGAAGUUGGGGAUGUUGCGUCUAAGGGCUGGAGGCACAGAGGUAACCACAGGGCAGAUGGAGGCGGGGAAACCAGUUCUGGCACGGAGUUUGCCUAUGAGUUCUAUCAAGAGUAAUAAAAGCAGUCUUUAGUGGUUGUAGUCGCUCAUUUAGAGGAUAUUUAUGGGUCCCCUGCUUUGCGUCAAGCUCUGUGCUAGGUUCUGGAAGCUCCCCAGAGAACAACACCACAGGCACUUUUUGCCUACGGGGAGGCACACCUCCUGCAAUGGAGGGUAGAGAGUGGAUUUUUGAUUUUUUAUUUUAUGAAACCCCAUUCACAGCUUCCCUUUGAUGGGCUUUUAUUCGUUGUGUCACGUUGUCCUUUAAUAAAUGACUUAAAAUUCUUAGGCGGUAGUCCUGGGCCGGCUCCCUGGGGGGCUGGCCAAAUGCUUUUAUAACCACUCCCGCAAGGGCUGCAGACACAUUUGGUGACGGUGUGGAAGGCAGAGGGAAAAGCCUCGUUCCCAUCGGGGUGGGCUCCUGGGGGCGGUGUCAGAACCGGGUCCAUUUGCUUCUGGAUGGCAGACCCGCCUGAGUAGUCACGGCCCCAGGCGGUCACUGAAACUUCAUGAGGCAGUUUUAAGAAAAUCAUACUCGGCAUCAGCAGGAGCCAAGACCAGCAGCCGCUGCAGGAACCCGUGUGGGAGGGACGGUGCCUCUGCUUGUCUGGCCGCGCUGAGGAGCAGGCGGGGCACCGCAAUGGCAGGCGUCCCCACGUGGCCGGCGCUCUCAGCUCCACCCCAGGUCAGGAGCCCUCGCUAGGCUUCUAGGGGAAGCAGACAGGGUGCGUUGUCGUGUCUGUGUUACUACUCCAGAAUAUUCUCUUACAGUUCCACAGUGAACUCCAAUUUCUACCCUUCCCGUUUCGUUGGGUUCACUGUGGAAUCUGCUAAGACAGUAAUUUUCAACAGGUGUCCCUCAAGAAUGUUUAAAACAUGAGACCUGACUAUUUCGCAGGGGGCACUGGCCUCUUUUUUCUUAGACUGUCAAAUCAAAAAAUGACAACAGCCGACACAGUAGCCUUCCGGGGUGAAUGAAUCCGAAUUGUACCUUCUUUGUUGUUGGUAGCUCUGCAGAAAAGAUAAUAUGGGUUUUGGUGCGCUGCAGAAUUCUAGUAAUUAGUUUAUGUGUGCCACAAGAUGAAAAAGGUUGAAAAUCCCUGUUUUCACCAACUGUCAGAAGGAUUGGGAUAGUGAGGUGCUUUUUAAAUGUGAAAAAGGGCCUUUGUAGAAAGAAACUGAAUAAAAGCAUGCCUGCCCCCCCCUUUCCAAAAACAAUUUGCUUGUGAUCCGUUUACCUGGCACUCACGAGUCUCGGAACAUCCCCAAAGUGAGCCCUGGACUGUCGCAAAGAGGAGGCCGCGAAGUUUAGGAGCGGGGAGGCGCCAGAAGAAGUGAGUGGGCCCAUUGGCCGCAUGAUGACUGACAGGCACACAUCUGGAAUCACUUAGCACAGAGGUCACUGAGGCUUUCCCAGGCAGUUCUUCAGGAAAAUUCCACCACCAGGGGUAUUCUGAAAUCUGGUAAACAUUGUAGGCAAUCCAAUAGAAAGUCCUUCACCACAUCACGGAGAGCCUACAGUCCUUGAGCCAAAGGCCACCAGGUUAAAACAGAAAACCUGCAGGCCUCCCGGACAUGUGAAGGGCCUGUUUUCCAUAGGAAGCCUAGUGGAUCCCUCAGGGGAGGUGUGUCUUGUAAGCGACCUGUUCAUGGCUGGCAGAGGAAUGUUGUAAGAGGUGAUUCUACUACUUUUACUUGUGGGAAGGCGUGAUGCCCAGGUGAGUGCAGUUCCCAGUAGGCUAGGCAUGAAACAUACAUCUGGUGAAAUCUACAUACAUCUGACUCAAACUGCCCCAAAGGUAUGCACUGGAAGGCUUCUAAUUUGGAGGGAGAUGGCCCUUUCACAGACAGGAAACGCUUGUCAUUUUGGAAAUGCCCCAGUCUACGGGGUUUUUGACGAUACAGAGCAGUAACAUACACAGUGGGGUGUAUUUUCUGAAACAAAGAAUGGCCGAAGGGAGUGUCUUCUGAUUUUGAGCCCCUUGCGGGGAUAAGGAACGCAUUUCCCACGUGGUGCGAUGCUUUGUAGCACAGUGGUCUUGAUUUCAGACUUUGUUAAGGUUUGGGGUUUUUUUAUUCUAAUGUGCACGGUGUGACUGGCAGAGUGAGUUUCAAGGCUUUAAGAGUGAUUAACUGCAUGCAGGCACCCACGCUAACUUCACUUCUAGAACUUGACUGAUACCUUCAUGUACAUUUCCAUCGAGGAGUUUUGGCGGGAGGGGCGUUCCUCCUCCCGGAGUCACGUGUAUUUAAAGUCUAUGCAGUCACUUCUAAUUCACUUACACUGUUUGGGAAAUGCAGGUUUACAAAAGUACAUGUUUGGAAUAAAAGGAAAAAUGGCUGCAAAUGA